AUGACUGCUCUAAAUCGUCACUCACUUUUCAAUCCAGAUAAAUACAAAAACCCUGACAACUGGGAGGAUGACCCCUUCGAUAUACGUUCUCCAUUCCAACCAUGCAGCGAGUCGCGGGUUCUCGCAGAUGCUCACUACUUCCCGAGAGACAAUAGCGGAAGACCCUCCAUCCGUAAUGUGAAGGAUAUUCCCGCCCCGGAAUAUGCCAAUCCUUCGCCUCAGCUCACUCUCAAAUCUCUCGAGGGAUGGCACCAAGUGUGCAAACAAAGUAUCGAGCUCGUGCGGGAUAAUGCGGCCGUCAUCUCACAGUGGCGAACAGAUGCGCUGGGCAGUCAAAUUGAUGUCCUGAAACUCGCCCGCCAGGCUAUCAAGUCGUACUUCAAUGACGAUACCAUGAAUUCCACCGAUCUCCGGCAAAAGACGGCCCCGUCAAAACCCUGGCAGCAAGAGAUCCUUGCUACGAUUGAGGGAGCUUUCUCGCAGAAUCUCCCGACAUCACCUGAGGUCCUCUACACUUUGUAUCAGUUCGCCGAGAUGAAUCGCAACAUCAUUAGCCAACACAUUAUCAAUAAACCCCAAAAAAAUCUUCUGAUAGGUAGGCCAGCAUCUAGUUGGAAGUUCGAAAAUCUUGUGGAUCUCUGUUGCAUCCCCCUGUUCAACGUUGGGAUGGAGGGCAUCAUCCCGGGUAAACCUACAGGCACGGGGAAUCCGACUGGCUUCGAGGCCGUGAGCAAGAAAGUCAAUACAGCAAUCAACAACUGUUACAGUAUGGGCUUUACACUCAGAUCAAUCUCUGAUCGCAUCCAAUGCGGCUUGCUGAUGACCAUGCAGUUGUGA